GCUACGGUGGCUUUCUGAGCUCUCCUAGAGCUGUUUUUUUGCCUUCUUGGUUCUGGCACUCCGGCUUCUUGCUCCCUGAUAUGGCUGAAGAGGGCAUGUUAUAAAUUAGGCGCUCUCUGGGCAGCCCGUCUCCUGGCGCAGGGUCCUUGGGCUGAGACUUCAGGCGACGUCAGGGAAGACAGGGUCCUUCUCUGGGCCAGUCGCGCAGGCAGCGGCUGCGGGAAGCCGGAUACCGGGCGUCAUGUAUUACAAGUUUAGUGGCUUCACGCAGAAGUUGACCGGAACAUGGGCUUCCGACGCCUAUAGCCCGCAGGGAUUAAGGCCUUUGGUUUCCACAGAAGCACCACCUAUCAUAUUUGCCACACCAACCAAACUGAGUUCUGAUUUUCCUGUAUAUGAUUAUGCUGGGAAAAACAAAGUUCCCGAGCUGCAGAAGUUUUUCCAGAAAUCCGAUGGUGUGCCCAUCCACCUGAAACGAGGCUUGCCUGACCAAAUGCUUUACCGGACCACCAUGGCGCUGACACUGGGGGGGACCAUCUACUGCCUGAUUGCUCUCUACAUGGCUUCGCAGCCCAGAAACAAAUGACUUCAGGCUGCAGAGGACUGGUUUGCUUUUUGGCAUAAACCCUUUGAAUUUUCAUUUUUCACUGCUCUGUAAACAUUUUCUUUUUUACUUGAAUGGUUUACUUAACAUUUUCCCAGAGAAAUAGGAAGAUAUCAAGGCAGUAUUUUGGUUUAUGAAAUGCACAUGGUCCAUCAGAGCUCAUUGGACAGUUAAAACUAUUGCUUAAAGAAAUGCUGCUGCUCCUUGGGCUCCUGAUUUCCCUGGAGGUUCUAGAGGAAGGCUGCACACAGGCUCAUUGAUAGCAGUCUGGGCUGAGGUCCUUAGGGACUCAGAGUGGUGUUUUUGAGCAUGGGGUACAGAGGCCUUUCUGGAUUUGGAUGUGAUUGAGGAAGUAAGAGAGAAACCAAGGCCAGGAGUAUGAAACAGAGGUUUAUGCUAGUAGACACCUUGGGGGUUUUUCCUUCUUGCAGUAAAAUGUUAAAAAUUAUUUGCAGCCUGACUCUGUUCAUUGGACAGUUUGUUGCCAAGGGUUAUUUGCCUCACCUCAGAUCUUUAGUGAAAUUUUAUGUGUAAUUGUAUUCCACCUCGGGAACAGAAAACACCUGUUUAGUGUUGUACUUUAGACCAGUGUGUUUUAUUAAUGCAGCUGUGACACAAAGUCUCCUUUACCUUUUCAAAAUGUUAUGGCUUUAAAUUAUGACUUAUUUUGAUUGUGGAAUAAAUACAUGAAUGAAAAAUCUCA